AUGGAUAGAGAACCAGAGGAGCAUCAAUUCUUAGGAUUCUUUGGGAUCUAUCAAGAAGCCUUCAAGAUAACAGUAACAUGGAGAAAAAUCUUCUCAAGAAUCAUUCUUUCUCUUAUCCUACCUCUGUCUUUCAUUUACUUGGCUCAAAUCCAGAUAUCAGAAGCAAUUUUAUCCAAAAUCGAUGAUAGUGAAGAAGUUCAAGACACGGCUACUGGAGGAACAGCAAGGUUCGACAAAAUCCAUGCUCAUAUCAUCUCCGAAUGGGUUGCUUUCGGUAUAUUCAAAGCCGUUUAUUUGCUUUUCCUCCUCAUAUUCUCUCUUCUAUCGACUUCGGCUGUUGUCUACACGAUUGCUUGCAUCUAUUCUGCGAAAGAUCUCACAUUCAAGACGGUUAUGACUUAUGAGUGUGGUGCCUAA